AUGAACAUGGACGCUGAUGCUUUUCCUUCGUCCCUGUCCAAAAGGUCAUUUGCGCAGGUAGCAAGUGCAACUCUGUCUUGUCUUCAUCGUUCUUCCCGAUGCAACAAUAACGCAUCCGUUGUGGCUCCCGCGUUCUAUCACGACGGCUGUGAUACUGAACGGGUCUUGUUGUCGCCAUUCAAGCGCAGGACUAUUCGGAAAUCUACUUCUUUUGCUCUAGCAACACCGUCCACCUCGACCAUGCCCAUUCAGACCAGCGCUCCGUCGCAUCCCGAUUCUUUCCCUUCCUUCAUGUCGGUCUUUGGUGGUAUCUCUUCCCGCUUCACACCUGAAAAGGACGAAGGCCCCGCGCCUCUUCAACCUCUGCGGGUGCCCUCCUCUCAUGGAUCUACUCAUCCUUCUCGACGCCCACUCCCCUUCCGUCACCGCGAAAGCGUUUCAUCCAUGACCUCCGGCUCAACCGACUCUUCUCCUACCACCACUAUCUCCACCUUUGAUUCUCCUUCCGCUCCCGAUACCUCUCCCAGCUCCUCGCCGGAGUCGCCAUCUUCCAUGCCCUAUCCUAAAUUCAUGCAGCCCACACAGUUUGGCGAGCAGAAACCCGCGCAGCCGGCGCAAUCACAGUCGCAGCAACAGAAUGAAUCGUUAAAACCUUCGGAAUCUCUCAAACCGGUGCAACCGGAGUCUCCCAAUCGACGAGCGCGCAACCUCAAGAACUUGUCGCUGAGGAUGCCCCCACCUUUGGACUCUUCGCGCCCGCCUAUUGCAACCGCUUCUGUCGUGGAGACGACUUCGCAUCAUUUCUCCGCACCUCCCUCGCCCGUCAUCCCUCCCAAGACUGGUCGACGCAAGCCGGCAGGCCUCACCAUCCGCACACCAGGAUUUGACAAGUCCUUUUCCAGCAACAUUACCGAAGUCGUUCCUCCGACGCCCUCCUUGCGACACGCUGAAUCGUCGCCUUCUCUGCAUUCCGUCUUCUCUCCCUCGUUUGGCCCUAAAGGUGGCAUGCAAUUACCUCGACCCGUCACCCACCACGGCGUCCGACGACCCUCUGAAGGUUGCUUCACUCCUCUCCAGACGGUGCCAGAUGAGAAUUCGCAUGCUGGUGGAGCCCUGCAUGAUCUGCAGGAAGAGGAAGACCAUCUCGACUCGAGAGAGUCGCUUCAACGGAACGAGCGCGGCUACCCGGAUGGACCCAUUCGCAUCUAUGACUCGGGGGUGUACUUGUAUCUGGAGCCGACCGCCCAGGAAGCAUCGCAAUUUGACGUGGUUGUGAACGUGGCCAAGGAAGUUGCCAACCCGUUCACCAAGAGCCCAGAAAGCGAUACGGUCAUGAGCGCAUGGCGCAACAGCAUCUCGGCCGCGAUAGGCGAACAGCAUGUUCAAAAUGAUAGCCGCAUUUCAUCAUCCAAACCCGAAUACAUUCAUGUAUCCUGGGACCACAACUCGGAAAUUCUUGAUGACCUGUACCCAUUGUGCGAGCUUAUUGAGUCGCGCAUCUCCCAGGGCAAGAAGGUGCUCAUCCAUUGCCAACUGGGAGCCAGUCGUUCGGCCUCCUUGGUAAUUGCCUACGGUCUAUUCAAAAACCGAGAAUUGGACUUCAACUCGAUGUAUGAGAUGGUCAAGGCGCGCAGUCGUUGGGUGGGUCCCAACAUGAGCCUCAUCUACCAGUUGACGGACUUCCGUUCCCGAUUGAUCCGUGGUACGCUCUCGAAGAAGUCCCCAGAGGAGUGGUCUCUGGCAUCGACGCCCAAGAGUGAGGUCCCGGCUCCUAGCCUUGCCGCUUCGCCGGAGCUUCCGGAUAAUGGUCAAUCCAUGAACCAUGCACCCCCCGUGCCACCGGUGCCUUCCCUUUCCGUGCCGAGUGACCAGAAGACGCUUCGUCCCAGCAGCCCGGGCUUUUCCAAGACCCUUUCGCACAAGCGAAGCUUGCCUCCGCGGCCCUUGCCGCUUCGACAGAUGUAUCAUACAGCGGAGCCAGCGGACCGACCCCAGCGGCCGCGGACCAGCUAUGUGCAACCGGUAAAGAAGGGAUCGUUUGUGCGCGAGCAGCCAGAAUUGUCUUCGAUCUUUUCGCCUCGCACCACGGAGUUCAUGGUUGCACCACUGCCCCGACAGAUGGGAGGUAUUGGAGGUGUUCUGUCAGGAGAUGUGGCAGACCCGCGAUCACCACCGCCGGGCAAUGAGCGCCUGAUCAUGAGAAGUAUUGAUGAAUUCCUAUAG